AUGGCAUUGAAUCCUUCUUAUUAUGGCUCAGCAAAAAGAUAUAUUAUAUAUCCUUAUUAUUAUAAUAGAAAUUCUGUAACAUCAGACACUAAUUGCAGUUAUAAAAUUAUCUUCAAAAAUAAAGACAAUGUUUGUUAUAAUUUAUUGCAUUUAAACAAAGUUUCUUCUAUUCCAUUUUCAUUUGCCAACAAUGGUAAUAAAGCUUCCUUACAUACUUCAUCGAAUCCAAAAAUAACGACAACAAAACCUGCAACAAUAUUUGAGCGCGUGACUGACAGUUUUAAGCUUUUUAGAAACUCAAUUUUUAAAGUGAAGACUAGUACAAAUAGUGAUAACUCAUCAUGGAAUCAAGUAAUAUCCGAAGCAAAGAAUUUAGUACAAUAUGACCAGAGUAGCGCUGGUGGUGAUAUAAACUUUCGUAAUAGUGACAGCAUAUCGUACAUCGAUCCAAUGAAACUUUUAGGUGGUGAUAUAUUAGAUUUGACACAGAACAUCAAAAGAUUACUGAGUAGUAAACAUCCUGUAUUAGAAUCAAUCAGCAAAUAUUAUUUUACAUCACAAGGAAAACAUUUAAGACCACUACUUGUAUUAUUAAUGUCACAGGCUACAAGUCUAGCACCAAAACAAUAUCAAAUAUCCCCAGCAAAUUAUUACGAAAUAAUAGAUACGCCAUUAUCAUCAUCACCAUCCUCCUCCUCCUCUUUUUCAGAACUAAUAAACGAGUCGCCAAAAGAGAUAUAUCAACCGUCAUUAUCUGUACAAGGAACAAUAAUUCUACCGACACAACGUCGCCUCGCCGAAAUCACCGAAAUGAUACACACUGCAUCGUUACUUCACGACGACGUAAUUGACACCUCGGAAACGCGUCGUAAUCAACCAUCGGCAAAUGCCAGUUUCGGUAACAAGAUGACAAUAUUAGCCGGUGAUUUUUUGCUUGCUCGUGCUACUAUUGCUUUGGCACGACUACGAAAUCCAGAAAUAAUUGAAUUGUAUGCGACGAUUAUUACGAAUCUUGUUGAAGAAAGCGAAAAAGUUUCUACGUUCGAUUAUUAUAUGGAAAAAAGUUACAUGAAAACUGCUAGUCUGCUUGCAAAUAGUUGUCGUGGCGCUUCAAUUUUGGGCGGAUGUACACCCGAAAUCAUCGAUAUCGCUUAUGACUAUGGACGUAAUUUAGGUUUAGCAUUUCAGCUCGUGGACGAUAUGUUGGAUUUCACGUCUUCGUCCGACAACUUCGGGAAACCUGUUGGUGCUGAUUUGAAAUUGGGGCUUGCAACCGCGCCGGUGUUGUACGCGUGGGAAGAGUUCCCAGAGUUGGGGCCGUUGAUUGAUCGGAAGUUUAAAAAUGAAGGUGAUGUUGAAAUGGCGCAUAAUCUGGUAUUUCGAAGUAAAGGACUAGAAAAAACCAAAUUAUUGGCUGCGUUACUUUGUAAGAAAGCUGCUACUUCAGUCUUAAAGUUACCUAAAUCUGAUGCACGGAGUGCACUUAUACAGUUGACAGAUAAAGUUUUAAUUCGUAAUAAAUAA